UUAUGAGGCAGGGCCUCGAAAUCGUCGUGUUCUAACAAAACGGGUGAGAUAGCAGUACAGUAGACGACUCAACAGUUUUUAGAACAGUUAAUUCAAAUAUGCUAUAUUUGACUAGAAUAUUGAAAUAACAGUAGAACUGUUCGCCAGGCAAUGGAAACUAAGUUACAUCGAAAAGAAAAGGACACCGGAUUUGAGAAUUGACCGAGAGCAGCCAUUAAAAUCUGUAAAUAUGAUCCCUUUGAUCAGGACUCCUCGAUGGCUGGGAUUGUCUCUCUCGCCGCUUCUGCCUCAAGUUAAACGGCUGGAAAAAUGAGUGCAGUCGGGCUCCCUGGAGAAGGGCUUUCCCAAGGGUCUUGAUAUGAAAUAUAAGAAAAAACACUGCUGGCUCUGCCUGCUGAGCCUGAGCCUUCUCCUGCUCUUUUGGUUUGGACAUUUGAUCUUACGGAACCUUCGAUCGCCUGCCAGGCAAAGCAACGGGCUCAGGGGCUACAUGAGGAUCGCCCCCGGCAGAAUGCAGCAGUUCCUGCACAUGCACUGUAGCCAGUGUGCCUUGGUCUCCAGCUCAGGUCAGAUGCUCGGAGCUGGUCUUGGAGAAGAGAUAGACAAAGUCGGAUGUGUGAUCCGGAUGAACAAUGCCCCCACACAGGGGUAUGAGAAAGACGUAGGAAACCGCACCAGUAUUCGGGUUGUGUCUCACACCAGCGUUCCCCUGUUGGUAAAAAAGGAGAACUAUUAUUUCAAUCAGUCAGCAGGAACCACAUAUGUGUUCUGGGGUCCUGAGAGGAACAUGCGGCAAGACGGGCAUGGACGUACCUUCAAUACUCUUUUGAAAAUAGCAAAGAAGUAUGCAAACGUCAGAAUCUACACUGUGACCAGAGAGAAGAUUCAGUACUGUGAUGGUGUGUUUCAGAAUGAAACUGGAAAAAACAGAAUGAAGACGGGGGCGUUUCUCAGUACUGGAUUCUUCACAAUGAUUCUGGCUAUAGAUAUGUGUGACAGCAUCCAUGUCUAUGGAAUGAUUGAUUAUAACUACUGCAGUCGAGCCAAUCACAGCGUUGUUCCUUACCAUUACUACGAGAAGAACCGACUCAAUGAGUGCAGGAUGUACCGUGUCCACGAGCACACCCAACGUGGGGGUCAUCGCUUCAUCACUGAGAAGGCCAUCUACGCCAAAUGGGCAACACGGCACAAGAUGGAGUUUAAACACCCCUCUUGGAGCCUCUAAGGAAGAGGAUAUUAAAACCCAGAAGUUGUCGUGAUGUUCCUUGACCCUACGGUGGUAUUCAAUUUUAUUGGCUUUUGGUUUUCUUUGCUGAAGAUUUUAGCAACGUCUAAUCAAAGACUUUAUCAAGUACAUAGCAUUGUUACUCCUGGACCCUAGCUUUCAUUUGACUUUUUUUUAACCAACUUUAAAAAAGUUCCAUUUGAUACAAGCUAAUUGUGGAUAAAAUGAUCUGCAGCCAUAAGUAUAAAAUAAUGUUUUAGAUGUAUCAGCAUUUAACUGGUAACAGGUGGUAAAUUACCACUUUCAGUAUUACUGAAUACUUACCGUUAUGUAUAGCCAUAUAUUAGUAUAAAUACUGAUUCAAAAAUAUUAAGCAACUAAACAAAGCACUAAAACCAGUUUAAACCAAAGCUUAUAAUUUGUAAUUCUUUAUACAUGUGCCUUGACUUUCUGUUUGAUUCUGUUUCAUUUUAUGCUGUAAUCAGGCGUGCUACAAUAUGCACCUUUACUCCGUUAAACAGCAAGUGUUUUGUUUAAGGCUGGAACUAGUGAUUAAUUUCAGUAGCAAUUAAUCUGGCGGUUAUUUUCUCAAUAAAUCAAUUAAUCAUUUGAUCUACAAAUUGUCAUGAAAUAGUAACAAGAAAUGUCCAUCGCAAUUUGAAUUGUUUGUCUCAAUCAUUGGUCCAAAAGGUUCUUGAAUUUACAAUCAUAGUAGACUAAAAAACAUUUGAAGAAAUGACUCAAACGAUAAAUCGACUACCAAAACAGUUGCUGAUUAACUUUCUGUCGAUAGACCUCAAUUAAUUGAUUGAUUUAUCGUUUCAGCCCUAAUAUUCACCCCAAUAAACACCCGACCAACAACAAAUGAACAUACCGAGUCAUGCAGGCUGAUACUUUAUUCUUCAUAAACUACUUUUAUAUUUGAUAUUAUAUUACUUUUAUUUUUGUAAGGUUUGAUAUUGAAGAUUUAUGCUCAUUACUUGCCCUGACUGCAACCAGUAACCGUGUUUAAAUGCUUGACUUAGUAAGCUUUUCAUUUAUUCAAAACAUGUGUUAAAGUUCUUCUCAAUAGCUAAAACACUAAAACCCAUUGGCUGAACCAAGUUCUCAGUUGCCUGAACUCAUUGAGCUAAUUGUGCAGUCUGUUGUCAAUACCUUAAACCAUUACACAUGGUAAAACACAAUUUGCAGAUAUCACUUUUCAGACUUUUCAGCAAAACUCUAAACACAUUCUCAAAACACAUUCUGCACUCCAAUGCACGUUAUCCAUACUGGUAAACACAACUGGCAACAAUCAAAUACAAAUAGAGAACACAUGUCGUUGAUUGAACACAGCCACUCAAAUUUAAAUGAUGUGACAUAACCAAUAUAAGCCAGUUCAGAGAGCAAACAGGGUUGUUGAAGGUUCAUAUCAACAAAGAACAAGAACUGCACUAUCACAGAAACAAAGGACAUGUUUGUGAGAUGCAGGGUACACUACUGUAAAAAUAGGUGUACAAGGAGGAGGAAGAACAAAAACAAAUGCUAAGAGCAAAGCAGAGUAGUAAUUUCUGAUCAAUUUUGAGCUGCUAUGAUAGAACAUGUUUUCGAUCAUCAAAAGACAAUGACAGAAACAUGGAAUUUGUUUUGAGAUUAAAAAUGUACUUCUCCCUGAGAACUAUGUUUUGAACAGUGUUUUCUAUUUUUUGGUGUAUUGUUUACUGACUGUUUGAUAGUGUAUAUCAUUUUGAUCACUUGGUUUAUGAUUUGAGAGCAGUGUUUGAUUUUGAAUGCAGGUAAAACGAAAGUUUCAUGUUGCGAUAAGAGUUAGAGGUCUUGGGUUUAAUAUUUUCAGAAAAUGGCGCAACGUUUCAGAAAUUGUGUUUUAGCAAUUGAGAAAAACUAUAAUGUGAACAGUGUCCAGAUAUUUCCAUUGGAAGCCGAGUUUAACCCAAAGAGAGAUCAUGCAGACAUAUGUCUACCAGCAUGCUGAUGAUAUAUACCAACCACAGAGAAGACAUUAAAAUAUUAAAAUGUAACUGCAGAGUGGUCUACUGUCCACUACUCUGUCUUCAGCACCACAGACAGCAGUCCUCUGAUAUACAACCAAUGGCCAACAAGCAGUAUUAAAUACAAUGAGCAAGAAUUCAAACAGAUCUUUGUGGUUAGUGUGUAUUAUCUGUGUUCGAGGGGAAGAACUCUCUGACCUGAUUUCUUGGAAGGCUGAUGGGGCAAACUGUGCAGCUGAACUGGUAGAAGUUCCUUGCUUAUUUUGUGACAAAUUCCAAAGACUGGAAUAGUAUUUGCACUGCUGAGCGAACUACACUGUCAAAGUAUUUACUGUGAUUUACAUAUUAGACAGGAUUUGUUUCAAUUAAAAUGCGUUAUUAAUUACUUUUUGGUUACCAUCAGUAGUCAACUUAUGCUGUGAACUGUGCAAAGUACAAACUUGAAUGUAAACUUGACGUCUGGUUACAGCAGAUGGGUGUAAACAUGAAUAAAUCUGCUGACAGUC